AUGUCAGAGGAUGUCUCUUUCUUCGCUUACAUCUUCGAUGACUCUCCAGAACACAAAGCUCGAGCUUCAAAACCAUACGCAUUCCCCAAAACAACGUUGAAGGACAUUCACGAUGCCGUUCCUAAAUGGUGUCAUGAGAAGAAAACGUUCACUUCCCUUUAUUAUGUGGGCAGGACAUUACUUUGGGGCACCGUUUUCUUUACCUUCGCCUUGUGCAUUCCAACCCUGACUUCUCUCCUCGAACCCUUCGGUCCCCGAGUACAAUGGUGGGCUAAGGCGUUCAUGUGGACUCAAUAUUGGUGGUGGCAGUCUAUGGUUGGAUGCGGAAUUUGGACACUUGCUCAUGAAGCAGGCCAUAUGACGCUUUCACCCUACCCCUGGGUUUGCCAUGCGAUUGGGUGGACACUUCACUGUUUAGUCCUUGUGCCUUACUAUGGGUGGAGGUAUUCUCAUGCGUUACAUCACAAAGCAACGAAUUCCAUCGAACGAGACGAAAAUUUCUGCCCUUCCACUCGGUCAGAUUUCGGUCUUCCGCCACAGCAGGAGGCUUUACCGUCUGUGUACGAAGAGAUAUUGCAGGAAGCACCUAUUGUGGUGUUUUUUAGGGUAUUGCUGCAGCAGGUACUUGGAUUGGAGGCUUAUUUGAUUGUGAAUGCGCUCGGGAACAGGAGUUAUCCCAAGGGGACGAAUCAUUAUCUUGUCAAUUCCCCACUUUUCAAAACGGACGCUUCGAAGACAGCCGUAUUGGGCUGCAACAUUGGGAUGAUAACGAUGUUGUAUGUCCUCUACCGCUUUGCAAAGGCGACGAGCUGGGGGUAUUUGGGUGUCAUUUAUUUCGUACCCUGGUUUUUGACGAAUCACUGGAUCGUGGCUCUUGUGUUCCUUCAGCAUACAGAUCCUACUGUUCCGCAUUACAGGAAAGGGGCAUGGACGUUCCUGAGAGGCGCGACGUGCACCAUCGAUCGACCCCUCCUUGGUUGGAUGGGACGUUACUUCCUCCACAACAUCUCCCAUGACCACGUCGCGCACCACUUUUUCUCGCAAAUCCCUUUCUACCAUCAACCUUACGUCACACAAGCGAUCAAGAAAGUGUUGGGCGAUGAUUAUUGUUAUGACGGCACAAACACCUAUCGAUCUAUCUGGAGGAAUUUUACUCAGUGUCAGUUCGUGGAAGAUGAAGGGGACGUGGUGUUUUAUCGGGAUCGGAAAGGGGUUCCGACGAGGGUGAUGGAGGGAUCUGUGGGGAAUGGUGUGGAUGAGCAUGAGGGGAGGCGAAAUGGGAUCAAUGGAACGAAGGUGGAGGAUAAAGGGCCAGUGGACUUCUUGGAUGAUACGGAGAAGUAUGGAGAAGGCCAACUCUGCGAGAUGAGCAAAUCGGUUGUGCAUAGUGCAACCAGAGGUCCACAUGCACGUUCCGAGUAUAUAGUGCCGGUGUCCUCCGGUGCCGCAUGCUCGGUUCAGUGCAAAGACUUCUGGAGCCCGAAAUUGUUGAAAGCGCUCAAGUACAACAACGCGGAUGGACCGGCAUCACGAAAGUGUUUGCACAGAUAA